AUGCCUCUCAUUUGUGGUGAGCCAAAUCUUGUCUCUUUUCCCAUUGUCGAGCCUCAAGGUGAAAGAGUUGAGACUCAAAGAGUUGAUAGUGGUCAAGAUUUUAAUAUCAAUUAUCUUGAGCAUGAUCCGGGAUUACGUCGUCAAAUAUGCCAAUAUUCGGUGAAUGAACAAGAUAAUGUGUGA